CGGUUCGCUCUCCCGUCCAGUCGCGGUGCCGCCCGCCCGGCUGGAUCAGCGCCGGGAGACCCCCUCGUCUCCGGUGACGCGCAGCCCUUUUAAGAGUCCGCGGGGCGGCUCGAGGAGGGCAUCGAUCGGGGCUAUAAAGGGCGGAGGCGCGGCGGCCGCGGUGACAGCGGGGGCGCGGCGAAGGCGGCAGCGGGUCGCGGUGCCGCCAUGGACUUCAACGUGAAGAAGCUGGCGUCGGACGCGGGGGUCUUCUUCUCCCGAGCCAUGCAGUUUACUGAAGAAAAGCUGGGUCAGGCUGAGAAGACUGAACUAGAUGCCCACUUUGAAAACCUUAUGGCCAGGGCAGACUGCACAAAGAACUGGACAGAGAAGAUCUUGCGUCAGACUGAAGUCCUGCUACAGCCAAACCUUAGUGCCAGAGUAGAGGAAUUCCUCUAUGAGAAGCUUGACCGGAAGGUGCCUUCCCGGGUCACCAACGGGGAGCUGCUGGCACAAUACAUGACAGAAGCAGCUAAUGACUUUGGGCCAGGGACACCUUAUGGGAAGACUUUGAUAAAAGUUGGAGAGACUCAAAGGCGCUUAGGUGCAGCAGAACGGGACUUCAUCCAGUCUGCAUCCAUCAACUUCCUGACCCCGCUGCGCAACUUCCUGGAAGGGGACUGGCGAACCAUAACUAAAGAGAGGAGGACCCUGCAGAACUGCCGCCUGGAUCUGGAUGCCUGCAAGGCCAGGUUGAAGAAAGCCAAAGCCGCCGAGGCCAAAGCAGCGGCUGUGCCUGACUUUCAGGAGACUAGACCUCGUAAUUACGUUCUCUCCGCCAGCGCCUCAGCGCUUUGGAGCGACGAGGUGGAAAAAGCUGAGCACGAGCUGAGGCUCACACAGACCGAGUUUGAUCGUCAGGCAGAGGUGACGCGGCUGCUGCUGGAGGGGAUCAGCAGCACACACGUGAAUCAUCUUCGCUGUCUCCAUGAGUUUGUGGAGUCUCAGACCAACUACUAUGCUCAGUGCUACCAGUACAUGCUGGACCUGCAGAAGCAACUGGGCAGCUCCAAAGGAGAAAUGUUUUCAGGCACGUUCGUAGGCAACGCAGAAUCCACCUCUCCUCCCGCAGCCGCUGCCUCUCCUCCGGCUGCUGCUGCUGCUGCCACCCUCCCUGCUGUGCCUACCAUCCCCGUGGUGCCCACCAUUGUCGGGGUGCCCAGUGCCGUGGCAGAGGGGGUGCUGAACCCAAAUGAAGUCAAGCCUCCGGCCAGCGGCACACGGAAAGCCAGAGUCCUCUAUGACUAUGAAGCAGCCGACAGCACCGAGCUGGCGCUCCUUGCAGAUGAGAUGAUCACUGUGUACAGCCUGCCGGGCAUGGAUCCAGACUGGCUCAUAGGGGAAAGAGGGAACCAGAAAGGGAAAGUUCCUGUCACUUACUUGGAACUGUUAAGUUAAAUGUUUCCAGGAAGAAGAAUGUACAAGCAGAACGCACCCCUCAUCUCCUGGCACUCCUAAUGCGGACUUCUUCAUCCGAGACCAUUGCUCUCUUCAGGGUCGAUGCUCCAUUGCUAGUAUGGGAAUUGUGGGAAAGGAGUGGUAGAACUGUUACAGGAAGGUUUUGGGAAGGGGCUGGUGGCACCCAGGACUGGAUUCAUUCACUCCCAGUGCAGCUGCUUUGGGGUUAGUCUUGAUGGUGCAAGAUUCCUUGAUCACUUGUUUCUUUCCCUGCCCUA